AUGAAAUUAUCUUGUUACUAUAUUAUGUUUUUAUUUAUAUAUAUAAUAAAUUAUGUUAGUUGUGAAGAGUAUAAAAUAAACAAAGAAGAAAAAGAAGGAAAACAUAAUAACGAGGAACAAGAAAGUGAAACAUAUAAUAUUAAUAAUCAUGACAAUAAAAAUAAUGAUAAUAAUAAAAUUGAUAGCAAUAAUAAAGAAGAUUAUAUAAUUAAAUUACUUUCAAGUCAUAAAGACAAAAAUAAUGUGAACAAUGAAAUAAAUUAUAUUGAAAAGGAUAAUAUAAAAGAAGAUAAUAAAUAUUAUAUCGAAAAAAAUAAUAAUAAUAAUAUUAAUAAUAUACAAGAUAAAGAUAAUAUACCACCAUAUGUUGAUAAGAAUGAACAUAUUGAAGAAGGAAGUGAGAAAGUCAGAAAUCAAAAUGUGAAACAAGAACAAGAUAUAAAGGAAGAAACACAAAAUGGAAAUGAUCUAGAUGAAAGGAAAAAGGAAAAAGAAAAAGAAGAACAUACAAAGCAUCUAAUAGACAAUAAAAAUGAUGAAGUUCAUAAAGUUCAAGAAAUUAAGAAAGAAAUGGAACAUGUUCAAAAAAAGAGUAUGCACCUUGAAAAUGAAAAUGAAAAUGAUAAGGCUGAUAAACAUGAAGAGGAACAAAAAAAGGAAGACACAAAUGAUAUUCAGCGAACGGAUGAAAAUAAAGAAGAUACGAAGGAGACUCACCAAAUAGAUCAAAAUAAAGAAGAAAAAAAAGACAUUGAACAAAUAGAUGAAAAUAAAGAAGAAGAAAAA